CUUUUUAAAUUCGUGCAAUAGUCUUAGAAUAUUAAUUUUGAAAUCGUACGUGCAAUACUCACAAAUACCCAACAAUAUGUGUUAAACCGAUAAUCGUUUUCAUUUGAAAAGCAACGCGGCCUUUUGGCCAAUAAAAUGCCAUCACUUUGUUUGUUGUUGUCCCCUGUUGUUGCCAAGGAAACGAAAAACGCAAACACAACAAGUUACGUCGCAGCACGGUCGAUCGUGUGCAUGUGUGUGUGUGAAUAUGUGAGCUCCACACUUCCUUCCGGUCUAAUUUUUAUACCAAAUGAAGGAUAUCGCACAAAGGAACAGCGCUAACUUUUAUAUAUUUCUAAUUUCCACAAAAAUUCAACAAAAAUAAAAUGUCCAAAAAUGUGCAAAAAAUUUGAUUUGAAAAUGCAAUCUAUUCAAAUCCAGGAUACUGUCAAGUGUGCAGGAUGAUAUUACGCAUUUGAUAUGCUGCUAGGAACUUAAGCAACCAAAUACAUUUAAACACCGCAAUUGCCUUAAACCGAUUGAGAGCAGGAGAGAGGAACACAGAGAGCCAGAGUGAGAGUGAGAGAGACCAACAACUAACUAGUCAACGAAUUUCGCAUCGAAAGUGCAAUCUGGCCUUUUAACUUAAUCAAGCGACUUGUAGGGCGCCGACACCUAGGCUAAGCGUAAAGACAUCAAUUAAAGAUUAGAUUGUAGAGCAAUUAGCAAAUGAGAUGAGCACACGCCUGGCCACCCAGCGUCAAUUCAUCAUCACGACGAGCGCUGCCGUUGAGGGUGCCACAGUUGAUGCCAGCCAAACAGAUCCCAAGGAACACCAGCAGCAGCAGCAGCAGCAGCAACAACAUCAACAGCAGCAGCAGCAACUUGUGGCCAAAACCACUGGCGAUGUUCUAACAAUUGAGCCAAGAACGCCCGUAACACCCACAACUCAUGCCGAGGAGUUCGAGUUCUGCACCGAGGAUGGGGUGGUUGUGGCUGCCACGCUGGAGGAUGUCAUGACACAGAAUUGCCAGCUCCUGCAAAAGAAACUGAGAGACGGCAUUGGGGAUGACGCCACAACGGCCGCUGAUCAACUGGAGGUCAUACGCGUUGUGCUGCCCAUGGACACGAGCGACUCCAGCCAGGAGGCGCACCUGCAUGCCCACGUCCAUGCCGUGAACAGCGUCAGCAGCAGCGAUGCCAACGCAACGGGCGCAACCAACAGCACAACGACCACCAUACACACCCUGCCUGGCCUCAGCACCAUCAAGAGCGGCGUCGACCUGGCCCAACAAGUGGCCAACGGCCAGUUGACCGUGGUGCAGGCCACCGAGGACGACGAGGGCACACCAUUCAUUACGGUGACCGUUUCCGGACAGGAGCAAAAUUAUCAAGUGCAAUAUGUGGACUCGGAGCUGUACCACAGCAACUCCAGCCAGACCCAAAUGACAUAUCCGUUCUGCCCGGUGGGCGACUACCAGAGCAAUGGCCAGACGUAUUACUCCACCACGGCGGCGACGGGCAAUUACACGACCACGUCGGCGGGCAGCACUGGCAAUGCACACUCGACGACGCUGCCGUACCUGGUGCCCGUGGACGAUAGCCUCCUGUUGAAUGGGUCCUCGCAGUCGCACAGCCGGGACUCGCCGCACAGCCUGACGCAUGAGGUUGCCUACAUUCAGGAGGCGCAGAGCACGCCCCAGACGCCCACCUCGACAACAACCACGAACUCGGCCAGCGGCGGCAGCAUCGGCAACGGGGCCGAUGGGGCGUCGCCUGACAGUGACCAGAGCGCAAUGGGCACCAGCAAUAAAAUCGCCUCGGCAACGAUUAAGUGGCUGUCGCGCAACUACGAGACGGCCGACGGAGUCAGUCUGCCACGGUCCACGCUGUACAACCACUACAUGCAGCACUGCAACGAGCAGAAGCUGGAGCCAGUGAAUGCAGCCAGCUUCGGCAAGCUAAUACGCUCCGUGUUCUCCGGCCUGCGCACACGUCGCCUGGGCACUCGCGGCAACUCCAAGUACCACUAUUAUGGUAUUCGCAUCAAGCCCGGCUCGCUGCUAAUCCAUCAAUCCAUGGAGGACAAAUCUAUGCAGGGAUACGGCGCAUCGCCGGGCAACGGAAACGGCAACGGCGCCAUCGCCAAUGUCAGCAGCAGCAAUGCCAACCAGCUGGGCGGCUCCAAUGGCAGCAAUGGCAUGUCCACAUCUUCGGGCCAGCGCACAACCGGGGCUAAGAAGCACAAUUUCAAGCCGGAAACCUACGAGGCUUGCAUACAGUAUAUUGGCGACGGUGCCGGCGCAAUGCCCGUAUUUCCACCCAUCGAACUGAGCCACAGCUUUCACAGCGAACUCACCCUGGACGAUGUGGACACAUUCCGUGCGCUGUACCGUGAGCACUGCGAAUCGUUUUUGGAUGCUGUACUCAAUCUGGAGUUUGGCACUGUCGAGUUUUUGCUACGCGACUUCUGGCGCACCUCGGACAACAACAAUCUGGACGAGUGCGAGGAGGAGAAGUACUUGAGCAAGACGAAGCUGUAUCUGUUGUGCCACUGCGCAGAAGUGCAAAAGUUUGUGCGCGAGGUGGACUACCAAUUCUAUCAGAACACCGUGGACGUUAUAAUACCGGAUGUUUUGCGCUCGAUACCCAACGCGCUGACUCAGGCCAUUCGCAACUUUGCCAAGAACCUGGAGUUGUGGCUGUGUGAAAGCAUGAUGGGCGUGCCGGAACAGUUGUCCCAGAUCAAGACUAGCGCCGUUUCCGCAUUUUGCCAGACGCUGCGUCGCUACACAUCGCUGAAUCAUCUGGCACAGGCGGCACGCGCCGUUCUUCAGAAUGGUGCGCAAAUAUCCCAAAUGCUCAACGAUCUGAAUCGCGUGGACUUUCACAAUGUGCAGGAACAAGCAGCCUGGGUGAGUCAGUGUGCACCGGCUGUGGUGCAACGUCUGGAGCACGACUUUAAGGCCGCCCUGCAGCAGCAGAGCUCAUUGGAGCAGUGGGCCAGUUGGCUGCAGCUGGUCGUCGAGUCCGCGAUGGAGGAGUACACAGGGAAGCCGAGUUACGCACGUGCCGCCCGUCAGUUUCUCCUCAAGUGGAGCUUUUACAGCUCAAUGAUCAUACGAGACUUGACGCUGCGGUCCGCGUCGAGCUUCGGCAGCUUUCACCUGAUACGACUGCUGUUCGACGAGUACAUGUUCUACCUGGUGGAGCACAAGAUCGCCGAGGCGCAGCAGAAGACAGCCAUUGCGGUUAUUUGUGAGCGCAUGAAGAAGGAAAUGGACUUUGAGUUCGAGUGCCAGUUCGCCUACAUAACUAGCGACGCGGAGCAGCAGACAGCAGCUAGCUCGGUCAGCGGUCCGGCAGUGGUGGCAGCAGCAGCAGCGGCAGCCGCUGGAGGAGCCCCGAGUGCGGGCAACGAGGCCAAGCGCCUGAAGCAGGAAUGAGAAAUGAAUCGACAGAGUUUUUGUAUUUGUAGAAUUUGUGUUAACUUAAAUUAUUCGGCUAUACCCAUUCGAUGUGCACGACUCCCAAAGCAAAGUUCACUUCACCUGUGCAUUUAGUAGUCAACGGGAUGUUUCUAUGUAUGUAUUCGUGUAUUGUUAGGUUGUAGCUUAAGUUCUGCUCAACUGUUAACGUAAUCAGUUAAAGUAUACAUAUGUGUGUAUAUGUAUAUGUAUAUAUACAGUCAGAUAUGUAGGCAAAUGCAUAAGUAUUGAAGAUGAAUUGCCCCCGCAUUCAAGUGAAGAACCGUCCAAGCAGCAAGCUAGUCAUGCCCCUGCAGCGUUGACCUUGUCUGAUGAUCUGUUUAUGUAAUCGCACGAGAUGCAUUUUAGUUUAGUAAGUACAUGUGCAUUAGUAUUUGUGAACGUAGCGUCUAACUGAACUACUAUACUUGUGUUUAGCUCUUAAGGAAAGGCGUAUUGUCACAACAGUUUUGUCUGGUUUCAAUGAUAAAUUGUACAGCAUAGCGCUCGGCGCAUACAUGCAAGAAGCACACACAUUCACAUACACUCACACAUAUAUACAAAUAUAUGUAUCUAUGUAUACAGACGUAGGUACGCACAAGUAAAGAUCCACCAAAUGCACUAAUUGCAAAACUGUAUAGAUUAGUUAAGAAAAAAAGUUUAGCUCAUGCUGAAACGGCUUGCUCAAUGCUAAAAGUAAUACCUAAUUUAAUCUAAGUAAACAAACAGGCCUUAAAUGUGCAAAUAUCACACACUCGCUCAACCUUGA